AUGGCUCCUCCAUCUCACCGCAAGGUGGCUUUUGUCACGGGAGCAAACGGUAUCAGUGGAUUUAAUAUCAUUGAGCAUCUUGUCUCUCACCCCAGGGAAGAAUGGAGCAAGAUCGUUGUGACUUCUCGAAGACCGCUUCCUAAUGCAUGGACCGACUCCCGCGUCAGAUUCGUGGCGGUCGACUUCCUUGACCCUGUGGACAAGAUCAAUGCUUCUUUGGAAGACGUCUGUAGUGAUGUGACGCAUGCCUUCUUCACUUCGUACGUUCACAGCGAUGAUUUCCGUCUCUUGCGCGACAAGAAUAUCCCACUCUUCCGGAACUUCCUUGACUCGGUCGACAUCGUGUGCCCCAAGCUUCAGCGCGUUUGCCUUCAGACAGGCGGCAAGUACUAUGGUGUCCACCUGGGACCGGUCAAGGUUCCACUGGAAGAGUCUUUCCCUCGUUACGAUGAUAAAGGAUUCAAUUUCUACUACGACCAGGAGGACUACUUGCGAGAAGUCCAGGCGCGCCGCAAUACUUGGAACUGGAACGUCAUUCGACCGAAUGCAAUCAAUGGGUUUGCUCCUCAUGCAAACGGCAUGUCGGAGGUCUUGACUAUUGCCAUUUACAUGCUCAUCUGCCGCGAGAUGGGCGAGCCCGCCCACUUUCCCGGAAAUGAGUACUUCUGGAACUCUAUUGACGAUAAUUCCUAUGCACCCAGUCUCGCGGAUCUUUCUGUUUGGGCCGCCUCGCAGGAUCACUGUCAGGAUGAAGCAUUCAAUCAUGUCAACGGGGAUGUUUUUGUGUGGAAACACAUCUGGCAAGACUUUGCGGCGUACUUCGGCCUCGAGGUGCCGGAGCCAAAUUUCCAGAAAGCAUCUGGUCAGGCCGAUACCCUAGCUAAUGAGAUCGACAUGGUUGAGUGGGCUCAGGACAAACGUCAUAUCUGGGAGCGAGUGGUUGCAAAAUACGGUGGUAAGGCUGAUGCCUUUGACUGGGGCACAUGGGGAUUCUUCAAUUGGGCUACAGGAAAGUCAUGGUUGACAAUCUCCUCAAUCAACAAAGCGAGAGAGUUUGGCUGGACUCGUCAUGACUCGACGCCUCAGACUUGGAUUGACACCUACCGAUCCUUCGAAAAUGCGGGUGUGAUGCCCUCUCUCAGUCUCCUGAACAAGAGUGAUUGA